GACUAACGUAAACGGAAGCUGGGACACAGUGUGAUCCUGGAGAAGUUAGAAGGAGCCAAAGUCAGCAGUACUAAGGGUCCAUUCCCGGUUUUUGCUGGGGUCCUGCACAGUGGGGAAUCUCAUGGUGCAGAUCAGGGUGCGGAGGACACGGCGGGGUGUCGCGGGGACACGAAACCUCCCCGGAGCCGCAGUCUCCGCGCGGGGCGGCCUGGGAAAGUCACCAGUCAGCAGCGCAGUGGCGGGAACCGCAGCCCGGCGGCCCUGGAACCUCCCAGGGUGGUCAAAAACCUGUUGAAGCCGUGCAGGCGGGGCAAACUGGCGCCCAACGUGGAUGAAACCACCUCUUGAGGAUUCGGAACGUCGUCUCCCGGAGGAAGACCAAGGCCUUGGUGAAGUUGUUGGAUCCCCCUGAAAUCGCCUGGUUCAGGACGCGAUCCCGGAGGAGACGAUGCAGUUCUGCCCACACCACACACACCCACAGGAGUCUUUUGGCAACAUGCUCAAGAACCAAAACUUAAAGGCAAGAUACUCCUCUGGGUCCACAUGUCCGCUGCCCUUUCGAGAGUCAUUUCCGUCUACCCCGAACAGGUGGCCUCACUCAUUAUGAAAGGACGACAGACCUCUCGCCAAUAUUUUGGUAAGGACCCUGAUAUCAUACUCACAACCUCUUUUAAGGAUCAAACUCAGUUUUUGUUCCAAACCUUAGAUAAGUGGGGGGUUGCCUUGGCAGGGUUUACAGGGACCUUGGAUAAUCACCUCCCAGAUGACCUCUUGCUCCAUUUUGCCCUGCUACAUCCCUUCAUCUUUCCAAAAAUUACAAAAACUGGUCCCAUUUCUCAUGCACUUACAGUCUUUACCGAUGGUUCUGCUAAUGGUGUUGCAGCCUUUGUGGCCCAAGGCUGCCCUACCUCCUUCCUAACGCCUUUCCGGUCAGCACAGUUGGUUGAACUUUCAGCAAUUUUAAAGGUUUUUCAGACCUAUUCUGAUCAACCUACUAAUAUCUAUACAGAUAGUGCCUAUAUUGCCUUUUCCAUCCCCUUGUUAGAAACCUCUCCAGCCAUAAGGCCUACCUCCAACGCCACCCCACUUUUCUCCCAGAUUCAACAGCUUGUCCUGACUCACCAACACCCAUUUUUUAUAGGUCAUAUUAGAGCCCAUAGUGAUCUUCCUGGACCGUUAACCGAUGACAGUGCACAGGCAGAUGCCGCCACCAGGCUAACUUUCCCUGUCAUGGUCGGCUCAGUCCUACAGACCCAAACUGCCCAUAACAUCCACCAUUUAAAUUCUCAGACCCUCCAUCUUCUUUUUAAGAUCUCUAAACAACAGGCCCGAGAAAUUGUCAAACAGUGUCCCUCUUGUGUUGUUUCUCACCCUGCCCCUCACUUGGGAGUCAACCCUCGAGGCCUCCUUCCCAACCAAAUCUGGCAGACAGAUGUUACUCAUUGCCCCGAAUUCGGCAGACAAAAAUUUAUCCAUGUCUCUAUAGAUAUCUUUAGUGGCUUUAUCUUCGCCUCUCCUCAUGCUGGGGAAGCCACAAAGGAUGUUCUUUCUCACCUGAUUCUUGCCUUUUCUGCCUUGGGAAAACCAGCUAAGAUAAAGACAGACAAUGGCCCUGCUUAUACCAUCACAGGCUUCAAAAAAUUUUGUGAUAGUCUACAAAUUAUUCAUACCACAGGGAUACCUUACAAUCCCAGGGACAGGGCAUAAUAGAACGAGCCCCCCAGACCCUAAAGACAUGCUUGGCUCGCCUCAAGUCUUCUAACCUUCAUUUUACCUCCCCCAGAGAUCAAUUGAGCAAUGCUCUGUUUGUUCUCAACUUUCUCACCUUAGAUGCUGCAGGGCACUCUGCCGCUGACAGGCACUGGCACCCUUCUCCAGAUGCCACCCGGCCACUAGCCAUGUGACGAGAUCCCCUCACAGGGCGUUGGAAGGGCCCCGACCCGGUCCUUAUAUGGGGACGAGGUUCGGUCUGCAUUCUUGACCAGAUACACUCUGCUCCCAGAUGGUUACCAGAACGCCUGGUUAGAGCUGUAAAUAUACCUGAUCUGCCCAGGAGAGAUAGCCCCUCUCCUGAGGAAACUUCUUCUGUUUCAAAUGCUGUCCCUCCGGCAAGCCCUCCAGGCUGUUGUCCUCGCCCACGACAACCCCCACCAGCCUUUUAGCUCUGUUAUCACUCUGCUCAGAGUUCCUGUGGGGGGGACAGUGGGAACUUUACAGCAAACUGUGUUUGAGACCUUUCACACAGUAUACAAGUCCCAUGGUCAAUCAUGUUCUGGGCUGAGCAGGGACACUGCUUGUCACAAAUCCAGUCUGACAGCAGGGGUCAUGUUUCCAAGGACAGUGCUGAAUUUUCAUCCAAGGUGUCAGAAAGACUUGUCUGACCUGCUGGCCUUGGUGUCACAGGUGGUCAUAGCCAUGUUGGGCCAGCUUGACACAGCCUGUGGCUGGCAGGUAGCAUAGCAAACAGGGUAGCACCAGAGAUGCCACUCAGGGCACUUAGGUCCCUUCCACCUAGACUAACCUAUUAUUCCUCAGAUCAAUUCCUAGAUCUCUAGGAAGAGAAGCCGCGCUGAGACGACUGCCUUGAUGGGAGCCUGUUACUGCCAUCACCUUAGCAGUCCUUUUGGGGGUUGGAGCAACGGGAACAGGCACAGGAAUUGCCUCUCUGGUCCUGUCCAACCAACAUUACUCUGAGCUUUGACUGUCCAUAGACGAGGAUAUUGCCCAAUUUGAACAGGGAAUUUCUGCCCUUGAGUCAUCCCUUUCCUCCCUAGCUGAGGUAGUUUUACAGAACAGGAGAGGCCUGGACCUCCUCUUUCUACAACAGGGUGGCCUUUGUACUGGGCUCAGAGAGGAAUGUUGCUUCUUUACAGACCACACCGGGGUAGUCAGGGACAGUAUGGUAGGUUAGAAAAAGGACUUAAAAAAAAAAAAAAAAAAAAAAAGGAAAAAGAGCUUGGGUGGUUCUAGAAUUGGUUUUCCAACUUCCCUUAGCUAACAACCCUUCUUCCCUCCCUCCUAGGACCUGUUGUAGGCCUGCUGCUCCUGGUCCUUGCCUUUGGGCCAUGGGCACUUUCCUGGCUCACUGGGUUCAUCCAAAGCCAAAGAACAGACCUGCCGGCCAGGCAGAUCCAGGUUCAUUACCACUGCUUUGAUAUUCAGGACUCCAGGGUUGAAAUUUCCCCUGACGAGAGAUGCCCCACACAGACCCCUUCACUCAGGGGAGGCUGCACCUGUGUGUGGGAAAAAGGCUCACUCAAGGCAUGAUUGGAGUGCAGCUGGGACUGCACAGGCUGGGGACCAUGGUACCCCAAAAUCCCGAGAGCCUGGAUUAUAUGCCCUGUUGCAUAGCGGGUGUGCAGUUGCAGCCUUGCGCUUAACCAUUUCCGCUCCCUCAAAAAACUGCACGGUCCAUUGAUUCCUGCACUAUGGGGACGCCUGUGGUGCUUGAGUCUGGAGAGACAUUCCCUCUCGGACCCUUUUUUCACAACCUUUAGAGGGAUAGGGCCUCUGUAAUCCUCCAUGCAAAGCCUCUUUCAGAGCCCUCCUUUUAGACGAUUCGAACCUGGUUUAUGUUGGCCCUUAGAUUUAUUACUAAGAAGGGGCAGAUGUCAGGGACAAGGACAGAAUCUCUAAUGACAGGCAACUAGAUCAUCUUACAGUCAGGUUGCCUAGCAACAGGACAUUGAGGCAGAGCCUUUGACCCUUUCACACUGUAAACAUCCUAUACAAACAUCCUGUUAGCUUGUCCCACCUUAUGCAGAUGACAGCUUCUUGCUCCCCUCACCCUGCAGGAACUAUAUAAACCCUCUUGGAGAAAAAUAAAGUUGCACCUUGAUCAGAAUCUAGACUUGGUGUAUUUCCUUGUAUCUCCUGUCUCUAUCAUUCCGUCCUUAGGGUGGUCGAGAAACCGUUGAAGCCCUGCAGGUGGGGCACAUGGUGUCCCAUAAGUUUGGACCCCUUGAUUUGAAAGGGAAGCAACCAUCUCUUCAUUGUUCCUGAAAGAGAAACUCAAAGAAGAGAAACAGUUAGAAAUGGCUGAUUCUCCAGUAAACAUGUCGCAGAACCUGUUGACAUUCAGGGAUGUGACUAUUGACUUCUCCCAGGAGGAGUGGGAAUGCCUGGACUUUGCUCAGCGGUCUUUGUACAUUGAUGUGAUGUUGGAGAAUUACAACAACAUGGUCUUUGUGGAGAACUAUUGCAAAUGUAAUCCUGUCCAUCAACGGGUGAAGACUAAAAAGGAGUCUUAUCAGUGUAAUGAACUUGGCAAAGUGCUUCAUGACCCCUCCAUAUGUGCACUUUAUAAAACAGGUGAAACUACAGGAAACUCUAAUAACUCAAGAUACAAUAAUCACAGGGAUGCCUCUAUUGACUCAUCAAAUCCAGAUAGAUAUGAAAGCAUGCACACUGGAGAAGAACCUUGCAAGUUAAAAAACUAUGAGAAAUCCUUAAAUUUGUAUUCUAACAUUGCUCAAGAUCAGAGACUCUACACUGCAAAGAAAGGGCACAGGCAGGGAGAAUAUGAUGACUAUUUCAGCUCUUCAUACAAUUUUUUGCAAAAAAACCCAAUCUACAUUGGUGAGAAACCGUAUCAUUGUGGGGAAUGCAGGAAGUGCUUCAGUACUGCCUCAGGCCUCACGGAACAUGAGAGAAUUCAUACUGGAAUUAAACCCUACAAGUGCAACGUUUGUGAAAAAUCCUUUACCCAGAUUUCAAGUCUUCAAAUACAUCAAAGACUUCUUACUGGGGAGAAACCUUACAAAUUCGAAGAAUUUGGAAAGUCAUUUUGUCAGUUGUCAGCACUUAAAAGCCACCAGAAAAGGCAUACUGGAGAGAAACCUUACAAAUGUAAGGAAUGUGACAAAUCCUUUGCCCACUCUUCUACUCUAAAGAAACAUCAAAAAAUGCAUACUGCUGGGAGACAUUAUACUUAUAGAGAAUGUGGCAAGGUCUUUCAUCAGCUUUCACAUUUUAGAAGGCAUUACAGACUCAAUGGAGAGAAGCUUUACAAGUGCAGUGACUGUGACAGAUCCUUCCCUAAAUUAUCACUUCUUAACAGGCAUUACAUAAUCCAUACUGGUGAAAAACCUUACCAAUGUGAGGUAUGUGACAAAUCCUUUACCUUGAACUCAACCCUUAGAAGACAUCAGAAAAUUCAUACUGGGGAGAAACCUUACAAAUGUAUGGAAUGUGAUAAAUCCUUUAACCGGGACUCACAUCUUAAAACACAUCACAGAGUUCAUACUGGAGAGAGACCUUACAGUUGUCAGGAAUGUGACAAAUCUUUUGCACAAUCUUCUGGUUUAAGGACACAUCAGAAAAUUCAUACUGGAGAGAAACUUCACAAAUGCAAAGACUGUGACAUGUCCUAUAUCCAUAUUGCAAGUCUUAAAAUACAUCAGAGAGUUCAUACUGGAGAGAGACCUUACAGUUGUAAGGAAUGUGACAAAUCGUUUACCAGUUGCUCACAUCUUAAAAGACAUCAGAGUGUUCAUACUGGGGAGAAACCUUAUAAAUGUAUGGAAUGUGACAGGUCUUAUACUAGCUGCUCAUAUCUUAGAGAACAUCAGAAAAGUCAUACUGGAGAGAAACUUCACAAAUGUAAAGACUGUGACAUGGCCUUUAUCCAUAUUGUAAGUCUUAGAAAACAUCAGAGAGUUCAUACUGGAGAGAGACCUUACAGAUGUAAGGAAUGUGACAAAUCCUUUACCAAUUGCUCAGAUCUUACAAGACAUCGGAGAAUUCAUACUGGGGAGAAACCUUACAAAUGUAUGGAAUGUGACAAGUCCUUUACCCUUCGAGCAAAUCUUAGAAGACAUCAGAGUGUUCACACUGGGGGGAAACUUUACAAACAUAGGGAAUACGAGAAGUCCUUUACCCAUGACUCAAAUCUUAGAAAAUAUCAGAGAGUUAAUACUGGAGAGAGACGUUACAGUUGUCAGGAAUGUGACAAAUCUUUUGCCUACUCUUCUGGUUUAUGGAGACAUCAGAAAAUCCAUAAUGGAGAGAAAAAAUAAAAAUGCAAAAACUGAUGCAUCCUUUAUCCAGAGUUUGAAGCUUAGGAAAUAUUAGAAAAUUCAUACUUUAGAGAAACAUACUAUUGUAAAUAAUGUGACAUUGCAUUUUCUAGUAUUCUCUGCUUACAAGUCACAACAGUAUACAAAAUGGAAACAGCAAGAUAAGAAACUUGUGAAAGUCAUUGAAGUUUUAAAUUUAAAAAAAUAUCCUUGAGUUUAUAUUAAAAUAAAAUUCUGCAAUGUAACA